AUGUAUGAAAAUAUUAAUGGAGCUUUUUGCUUUAAAAGACUUAAUGGAACAAAUGAAUUUGGUUGCACAUCUUCCAGGUCUGGUAAUACUGGUGUUCUACAUAUUAUUAAAAAUCAAGAAGACCUUAGUUGGCUUAUUUCUGAUGCGAAAGCUAGUCCCUACGUAGUUUUACUGCCUUUCGAUUUACCAAAUUUUUCAGAUGCAUUAUUGCAAUUAAAAGAUUCUGGAAAAGUAUCUGGUGUUAUAUUGACUUCAAAUAGAACAUCAUACAGUCCAGACGAUUCAUGUCCAAAUAGAUACUCAGGAUUGAUUGACAGUCAUUGUGAUAAUAAACCUUGGAACAGUGUUGGGUCCUCACUUUUGUUUGUCGAUUUUGGAUUCCCAAUAAUAUAUAUAGAUUCAGAUGACUAUCCAAAGGAUAUUGAAUUUUUACAUGAGUGCUUUGAAAAACAUAAUGCUCAUGAUAUGGAACGUCAAGAGACCAGAUCAUUAUGUGCAGUUGAAUUAACAUCGUACAUGUUGGCUGCAGUUGAUUCAAAAACAUGCAUCAGAAGAAGUACAAUGAUAAACAAUUUAACUCCGAUGAGAUAUUGUGAUCCUCUACUGGGUUUAAAUAUUCAUUUGCCACUUUAUCCCAGGAUACUUGAAUCUUCGAAGGCAGUGAACGAAUUAGAGAAACCAAGAUCUGUAAUUUUAGUGGUUGCAAGACUUGAUGGAACAUCAAUGUUUGAUAAUUUAGUACCAGGAGCUGGUUCUCCAGUAUUAGGAAUUGUAACUCUUCUGUCUGUCGCUCAUUAUUUAAGUAAAUUAGUCAAAGGGCUUCCGCUUCAAGAAAAAAACAUAAUGUUUGUUUUUUAUCACGGUGAAACAUACGAUUACAUCGGUUCCUCUAGAAUGAUAUACGAUAUGGAAAACGAUGCGUUCCCUCACAGGUUACAAGAGAACGUCGUAGAACAAAGUAAAUUAUUAAAAAUGGACGACGUGGGUUUAGUCGUAGAAAUAGACGAAAUAUUAAAUGGAGAAAUUCAUUAUCAUUCAUUGGAUCCCGUUUCCAAAUUUAUCGAAGCUUUGAAAAAUGAAUUAAACGGGAUGGGAAUUAAAAUGUCGGGAUCUCACGGAAGACUUCCACCCUCUUCAUUGCAAAGAUUUAUAAAAAAAGACAAAAAUAUAAAUGGCGUGGUUUUAGGGAGUUACGAUUCACAAUUUAAUAACAAGUUUUAUCACAGUAUAUUCGACACGGGUAAAAACCUUAAUUUUACUUAUUUUAAUAAGACAAAACCUGACGAUGAUAGCAUACAAAUGUAUUUGGGAAAUUUUUCAAUGGGUUUAGCCAAAGCUUUAUACACUACGAUAUUCGAUGAAAUAAAUUUGUCAACAAAUAAUAAUUACAAUUUGCCUUAUUUAAUAGAUGAGCUUUUAUAUUGUUAUUUGGAAACUCCAUCUUGUGAAAUAUUCGAAAACGUUACUUUUAGAAAAUUAUCCGAUAGUAAACCUUAUUCCGUGUACGUGGGAGUACUUAAAAAUAGCAACAUAACGACUUUGACCGGGUUGACGUUGGCUUGGUUGACUGGAACCGUCGUACCUAGAAAUCGUUCGACUUGUCACAACAAUGAUGGCGAUUUGGUUAGACAAUAUUUUUGGAUGGCUGGAAAUGAUCCGGAUGGAGUCUGCGUAGAAAGUUUUAUGAAUUAUUCAAUUGCUCAAAGUCCAGCGUUCGAAAUCGAGAAUUACGAUUGGACUUCACACGAAUAUUCAACGUGGACGGAAUCAGUUUGGCAGGAAAAAAUGUCCGCUCGAGUUUUUAUAAAACCGUCUAAAAAACAGGAAAUAUUCACUUUAUCAAUGGGUAUUUUCGUUUUCGGAAUUUCAUUUUUAAUUAUUUAUUUUAUAAAUGCAAAAUCCGACAUUCUUUUCAACCGACAAGUGUAA